CAUUUUUAGGGUUUAAGAGAACCGCCAAGGCCGAAGCGGUUACCGGCCAACGAUCGUUCUUCUUUUUCUCUUCUCGUUCUCUCUCCAAGUGUAAAAGCUAUAUCGGCCACGAAAAAAGAAAAAAAAAAAAAAGCGGGAUGUCUAAAGUAGAGGAGAAACCAGAAGACGCACCAAACGAAGCUGCGGAAUAUGAAGAAGAGGAAGAAGAUCUUUCGUGGUCAUCCGACUCUGAAAUCGGCGAGGCAUUGGACUAUUUGGACUCCAAGGACGACGACGAGUCCGUCGACGGUGCUUUCUCGCUCAAUUCGAGGCGGCCCAACGCUCACGGUGGGCUGCACUCGCGGCCCAACUCAUCCGCUCUUCAGCCUCUCUCCAACCGUAACCAGAAGUUCUCUAAUCAUAUUCGAGCUUCCCCUUUAGAGGAGUGGGAAGGGAGGUUAAAUGUUGGAAUGUCGAAUUCCGUUACAACUGCAAUUCGUGAAAGUGUUCGAGAAAUGGCCAUUGGUAAAAUUAAAACUACUGAGAAAGCCGAUCGUGCUACUGUUGAGCAGGCUAUUGAUCCGAGAACUCGAAUGGUUCUGUUUAAAAUGCUGAACCGAGGCGUGUUUCAUGAUAUCAAUGGCUGCAUAUCAACUGGCAAAGAGGCAAAUGUAUAUCAUGCAACAAAAUCUGAUGGUCGGGAACUAGCAAUCAAAGUUUACAAGACUUCUGUUUUGGUUUUCAAGGAUCGAGAUCGAUAUGUACAAGGUGAUUAUCGAUUCAGAUAUGGAUAUUGUAAGCACAAUCCUAGAAAAAUGGUGAAGACGUGGGCUGAGAAAGAAAUGAGGAAUCUUAUGAGGCUCAAGGCUGCAGGAAUUAGGUGCCCGACUCCAUUUCUUUUGAGACUUCAUGUUCUGGUCAUGGAAUUCAUAGGAAAAGCUGGUUGGGCUGCACCUCGUCUUAAAGAUGCUUCAUUAUCUUUAGACAAGUUACGUGAAUGUUAUGUAGAGAUGAUACUUGCAAUGCGGACAUUAUAUCAAAAGUGCAAACUAGUGCAUGGCGAUCUCAGUGAAUAUAACAUACUUUACUUUGAGGGUCACUUGUACAUAAUUGAUGUCUCUCAAGCAGUUGAUCUUGACCAUCCACAUGCCCUGGAUUUCUUACGUGAAGAUUGUGUUCAUGUUUCUGAUUUCUUUAAGAAACAUGGUGUAGCUGUCAUGACAAUACGAGAAUUAUUUGAUUUCAUAGUGGAUCCAACUAUUACAGAUGACUCUGUGGAUAGUUAUUUGGAGGAGGUUCAGCAAAAGAUUUUGGCAAGAGGAGAUAUGUCUGUGGAGGAUGAAAUUGCGGACUCUGUGUUUGUGCAGUCAUAUAUUCCAAAGGCACUGGAUCAUGUCAAGAAUGCUGAGGAAGAUGUAAUACGAAUAACAAGUGGCAAGGACACUGCAGACUUAUAUUAUAAGACUAUUACAGGACUAAAGGAGGCUCUCCCAAAAGUUCAUUCUUCACCAGCGGAGCAGCAGCAGCAGGAUGCUAACACAAGACCUUUAGAAAGGUCCUCCAUUGAUCCAGCUGGCGGUUCUAAUUAUCAGGAGAGUGAGUCUGAAGCUGAGUCUGCAUCUGAUUCUGAAACAGGUGGGGAUGAAGAGAACUUGAGUGGCUCAGAAGAGGAGGGUCCCUCACCUGACAAUGUGGCGCAGGCUCCUGUUGAUAAGAGAGCAGCUAGAAAAGAGAAUAAAAAGAAAGUCAAAGAGGAGAAGAGGGAGGCUCGAAAGACCAAAGUGCCAAAAGCUGUAAAGAAAAGAAAGAAGAAAUUGGCCAAAGCACACAAGACCAGGUAGUCUUCCCGAAAGCUUAAACUUGGGCGAAGCUAAGGACAAAGUAAUUGCGGAAGGCACACUAUGGAAGCCAUUACAUAGCAGGCAUUAAUGUGAGACAAAUUUUGCAGCGGCACUACUUUUAAUUUCUAUUACAUUACAUUAAUAUAAUAAGUAAUAGGAUAGGGAAAAAUGCUGACAUCUGAGCAAAGUGCUCCUGUAUUUAUUUUGUUUACCAGGCUCUGCAUGGUUUCUAUCAGGUGACUCGUUAUCUGUAACUGAUCAUAGAAUUUUGAAAGUAAAAAUCUUUAUUUUUCACGAA